AUGAUUGGAAACAUUUCUACUAUGCAUACUAAAUCGGGUAUGGAUCAUCUGGUUCCGAGCCACAUAGAACUAGACGUGUCGGGAACAGGGGCUAUAGGCGUCGUUCGUAUCGUGGGUAUAGACGUCGACUCGGUGGACGAUGUGAAGACUACACCUCGACAUCAAGUGGUGAUCCACAACGACGAGUUGAAGAAGAAAUUGAUCGCUAAAGCGCAUGCAGUGGGACACCGCGGACGAGUCGGUACAUUGAAGCUGCUCAAGCAACGCUACUUCUGGCAUGGUAUCGCUCGUGAUUGCCGACGCUAUGUAGAUGCCUGUGAACGGUGCCAGUUUGCUCGAGCUGAUCGUGUACAACGUCAGUCCAUGGGAUCUAUUCCUUGGCCUGGUGCUAUUGGCUGUCUCCGUGUAUGUGCUGUUGACAUGACCGGUCCCUACCGAGUAUGUAGCGGAGCCAGUGGCUCCACAUCCGCGAAUCCUUCAAGUGAAGACCCCGACGGUCAGAACUACGGGCUGGUUGUGAUAGAUAUGGCUACCAACUACUUACGGGCCACUACAUGCAAAUCUAAGUUAGCUUCUGAGGUUAUCCGAAAGCUUGAGGUCUUGUUCCACAGCUCUGACUGGCCACAAAUACUGUUGGUUGCUCAAGAUUCCUCACUCGUCAGUUCGGCAUUCAGAUACUUCUGCGAUCGCCACUCGAUCUGCUUAAAAGUGUUGCCAAGAGAUUCUCCUGCUUUGGCUGGUGCUUCUGAACGUCCACACAAGGAUCUACAUGCGUACAUCAACAAAUGUGUCCAGUUCGACGAUCCUGAUAACGCCGACUUUACUAGUUGGACGAUCCCCUUCUACCGAGCUAUACGAGCGUGGAAUAUCACCCCGUUCACGACUGAUGACGACUUGUCCCCUCAUGCCUUGUGUUGGUACACUAACCCGAGGAUCCCCGAGUUGGAUCCCAGAGAAGACGACCUCCUGGGCGAGAACUACCACGAGAAUCUUCCACCGGAGGCUCCUCUAUUCGACGAUUCGAAUGAGCUCAUUAAUGAGAUGAAGGCUAGACAAGUCACCAAGUGGAAGCGUUGGACCUCUAUCUGGUGUGAUCUACGUGAGAAAGUUCGUAUGGCUACAUUAUCUAGGAGACGAUUAUUCGAUCUUCGUCCUGGUCAGAAGGUCCUACUCUGGACAAGGAAGCCCGGAAAGUUCAUUGGUUGGAGCUGGGAGGGUCCCUACCCGGUUGUUGAGACACGCGGAAGUGUCACAACUAUUCGUCGCAACGAUGUAGAUUUCAAGGCUGCAACUACUAACCUGAAGCCCUUCCACGAGUAUGAUGAUGGCGAUGAUGGUGUAUGUCCUGACGAUGUCGUGGAAGAGCCCCCUCAACCUGAUGCAAACGAUAGUCCUGGAACUGACUCUCCACAGAUUACUACAAGUCCUACAAAUGCUCCUACUGGUGAUAUAGAGGAGCAUACCUCCCAAUGA